AUGCCUCAGAUUACUUGUGCAGAGGUGCAGAAUGAGUUGUUCGACAUCGCGCAAGCCUUUACUGUUGCCUCUCACCUCAUGGAGGAUUCCGAUAACUCCAAUGAUGAUUCCUUUCAACUUGAUGAUGGCUUUGAUGAUGAAGAAGCACAAAAUUUCGAUGGUGAAUUUACUGAUAGUGUUGUUGUAAGAUACACCAUGUCUAUUCGUGUAGGAGUUGCCCUCUAUCUCGUGAAAGGAAGCAUUUACUACAAUACCCCUUCAUAUUUCCACUGGGUGCUUGUGGCGUCAGCCGCGGAAUCAUGGGCUUCCCAACCUGUACGAACAGGACCCCGGAAGCUCCUGCCAAACCCCGUCCGAAUUAGCGUACUUUAG